GCGAGUGAGCGGGGCUGAGCGCGACGGUGAGGAGCGUGGGUGUCGCGGAGCGAGCCGGGAGCGCGGGAAGAAGGGGGCGGCGUUGGUCCUGUCAGCAGUGAGAAUCUCCGCCCGCAGCUCCAUGGCGCGAGAGCCGGCCUGUCGCUGCUCGGGAGCUCCGGUCGUGGCCCCGCCUGGGGACGGUGCUCGGCUUUCAGUCAAAGGACACGAGGAAGAAGGACAGAGAGAAGAUAACAGCAGCACCGAAUGCAGCGAACGUGGAGUCAUGGAUCUGAAAUUCACUUCAGCAAGAAAAUACGUUUCCAUCAGUGUACCUUCCAAAUCUCAGACUAUGUCACCCCAUAUCAAAUCAGUAGAUGAUGUUAUAGUUCUUGGCAUCAAUCUUAGCAAAUUUAACAAGCCUGCUCAAUUUUUCAUCUGUGUUUCUGGAGUUUUUCUGUUUUAUCUAAUCUAUGGAUAUUUACAGGAAUUGAUAUUUUCAGUGGAAGGUUUUAAACCUUUUGGUUGGUACCUCACUUUAGUGCAAUUUGGAUUUUAUUCCGUUUUUGGACUAAUAGAAUUGCAGUUGAUUCAGGACAAAAGGAGAAGAAUUCCUGGCAAAACCUACAUGAUAAUAGCCUUUUUAACAGUGGGAACUAUGGGCUUGUCAAAUACCUCUUUAGGAUAUCUUAAUUACCCUACUCAAGUCAUCUUCAAGUGCUGUAAACUGAUCCCAGUUAUGGUAGGCGGGGUUUUUAUACAAGGAAAACGUUACAACAUUGCAGAUGUGUCUGCUGCCCUAUGUAUGAGUCUUGGAUUAAUAUGGUUUACUUUAGCUGACAGCACAGUUGCACCAAACUUCAACUUGACAGGUGUGGUCCUAAUAUCCCUUGCACUCUGUGCAGAUGCAGUUAUAGGAAAUGUACAGGAAAAAGCAAUGAAGUUGCACAAUGGUUCUAAUUCAGAAAUGGUUUUGUACUCUUACUCUAUAGGUUUUCUGUAUAUUUUAUUUGGAUUAACUUGCACUAGUGGAUUAAGCCCUGCAGUAGCAUUUUGCUCACAGCAUCCAAUUCAGACUUAUGGUUAUGCAUUCCUUUUCUCCCUGACUGGAUAUUUUGGCAUAUCCUUUGUUCUGGCUUUGAUUAAAAUCUUUGGUGCCCUUCUGGCUGUAACAGUAACAACAGGAAGAAAAGCAAUGACAAUUGUGCUUUCUUUUUUGUUCUUUGCAAAGCCAUUCACAUUCCAAUACGUGUGGUCAGGCUUACUGGUUGUCCUUGGAAUAUUUCUUAAUGUUUACAGUAAGAAUAUGGAUAAAAUCAAACUGCCUUCACUGUAUGGUAUUUGGAAAAAAAAUGUGGAAGAAAGAAAAACAAGGACGUUGUCACAAACUGUAUAGAGAGUGGUUUAUGCCAUGUCUAGACUCUGACUUCCUGUUUUAUUGGAACAGUCUUCAACUGAUUCACUUUCCAAAGGGAACAUUAUUAAAACCAAAGGAGCUGAAGGCAUAGUAUCUGCUUGCAGAUGGCUGGAAAUGCACAUUUUUGUGAGCCCUUUCUCCGGAGCACUUGAAUUCAUCAUGAAAGGCAUUAUAGACCAUUAGCAGGUGGCAUUAUCAGGCAAUGAAGGACGGCAGCUCUUGGCAAAAUGCUGAGAAGCUGCACUCUGAAUGUGACACAGUAGAAGACUUACUUGGGCAUUUUAAUGAUAUUGGCCAUGUGUCUGAUUCCAGAUUAGUCUUUCUUAGUCUUCGUUAAUUGUCUGGCUGAGGUAAUUUAAAUGUAGUACUGUAUUCACAUUUAAUGAAACCUAAUUAGCAACUGGUUGACCAAAUUGCGGUUUUAAAGGUGCAAGAUUUAGAAUAUGGUAUGUUGUCACAUUAAAUAAAAACGUUUUUUUUUUUAAUAAGUUACUGAUCAGGUCAUCACAAAACUUAUUUAUUGUCAUAAUUUCCAUUUUUAUGGAAAUCUUAAGGUAUCAUUUUACUUGGUGGUCAUUGCUUGCAAGUAAUGAAAAUAAGACUGUUUGGGCAGGUCAACACCUGUGCUUUUACAACAGUGGAAGUGGACUUUGGACAUCAACUAGCUGAAAAGAGAGAAUGACAAUGUAAUCAUUGAAAUAGCUGUGUAAGAAUUUGUAGUUUGCUUUUUCUGUGGUGAAGCAACAAACUUUUCAUGGCCUAUGGCACUCUUUGUCAAAGUGGUGUGAAGAGAUAUGAAAGAAGGUUCUCUGAACUAGUAUCUUCAAAUCAAAUUCUCUAUUUUCAGUAUUGGCCUAAAGAAUAACAGCAUCUGAUACUGUA